AUGGGCAGCGUCUGGAACAGCAGCGACAGCCCCGAGGGCGCGCGGGGGCCGCCGUGGGCCGCUCUGCUGCCGUGCGAUGAGCGCCGCUGCUCGCCCUUCCCUCUGGGGACGCUGGUGCCGGUGACCGCCGUGUGCCUGGGCCUGUUCGCCGUCGGCGUGAGCGGCAACGCGGUGACCGUGCUGGUGAUCGCGCGCUGCCGGGACCUGCGGUCCACCACCGACCUGUACCUGGGCAGCAUGGCCGUGUCCGACCUGCUCAUCCUGCUGGGGCUCCCCUUGGACCUGUACCGCCUCUGGCGCUCGCGGCCCUGGGUGUUCGGGCCGCUGCUGUGCCGCCUGUCGCUGUACCUGGGCGAAGGCUGCACCUUCGCGUCGCUGCUGCACGUGACCGCGCUGAGCGCCGAGCGCUACCUGGCCAUCUGCCGCCCGCUCCGGGCCCGCGUCCUGGUCACCCGGCGCCGCGUCCGCGCGCUCAUCGCCGCGCUCUGGGUCGUCGCGCUGCUGUCCGCCGGGCCCUUCUUCUUCCUGGUGGGCGUCGAGCAGGACCCCGGCGUCUCCGCGGCCCCGGAUUCCAACGGCACCGCGCGGGUCGCGCCCUCGUCCCCCGCCUCGCCGCCGCCCCACCGGGCCUCGGGGGCCCCACCCCCGUCCCCGCCGUCGGGGCCCGAGGCCGCGGCGCUGUUCAGCCGCGAGUGCCGGCCGAGCCGCGCGCAGCUGGGCGCCCUGCGCGUCAUGCUGUGGGUCACCACCGCUUACUUCUUCCUGCCGUUCCUGUGCCUCAGCGUCCUCCACGGGCUCAUCGGGCGGGAGCUGUGGAGCAGCCGGGGACCGCUGCGAGGCCCGGCCGUCUCGGGGAGGGACAGGGGCCACCGGCGGACCGUGCGCGUGCUGCUGGUGGUGGUUCUGGCAUUUAUAGUUUGCUGGUUGCCUUUCCACGUGGGCAGAAUUAUUUACAUAAACACUAAAGAUUCCCGGAUGAUGUACCUCUCCCAGUACUUCAACAUCGUAGCUCUGCAACUGUUCUAUCUGAGCGCCUCCAUCAAUCCCAUCCUCUACAACCUCAUUUCCAAGAAGUACAGAGCUGCGGCCUGGAAGCUGCUGCUCUCCAGACAGCCCAGGCUGAGAGGUUUCUGCAGAAGCAGGGACGCUGCGGGGGACACACCCGGCUGCACGGAGACCAGCGCUGACAUGAAGGUGACUUUGUAACCGGCACGGCUCAGCCCAACCCCGCCCCCAGUUCUGGGACUUCAAGGUUAAGAGGUGUAUAGAGAAAAAAGAUUGGAAGGAGGGAAUAGAUGCCGCUGAGAACGGAAAGAGGGGUUGCAAUUGUGCAAGCCAGUUAAGAAAUUCUCAGCAUCAUGAUUUUUUUUUUUUUUGAGACAGAGUUUCACCCUCCUAGAGUGCAGUAAUGUCACAGCUCACAGCAACCUCCAGCUCUUGGGCUUAGGUGAUUCUCUUGCCUCAGCCUGGGCGCCCGCCACAACUCCCUGCUAUUUUUUUGUUGUUGCAGUUUGGCCGGGACUGGGUUCAAACCCACCGCCCUCCGAAUGUGGGGUUGGCGCCCCAGUCCCUGAGCCUCAGGCACCGCCCAGCAUGAUUUUUUUUAGAACAAAGUAUGAAAUGUAACCGUACCGCCCUUCCUAGUUUCCCUUUCAAGUGCCUCCUGAGGGACAUUCGUUUUAGCAUUGUGAGAUCCCACUCCCAAACUGCUCCGGAGAGGUUGGGGAAGUCCUUUGGUGCCGUGCUCUUCAGAAAUAACAAUUGUUCACCUUACAGCUGACAAAGAGGGGUGUCCUGCUUUAUGUUUUGGAUGAUAUCCACAGUACACGUAACUAUGAUACACAGGAACUGGAUAGCUUUGUCUCACCCCGCUGGGUGGGAUGAGUUUUGUGGUCAUCAUCCCUGUUUUACUUGUGAUGGAACUAAGACUUAGAUCCCCCAAUAGGAGCUGGUGGCCUGAAUCUGAAUCCAGCGACCAGGGUCCUCUCUCACUCCCACACAGGAAUCAGUGAUUCAGGGAACGGUGAAAGAGAACACUGGCCAUCCUGACCAACAACUCUGACACUUUGUUUCGUCUUUUACAGAUUAAAUUUUAAAACAUAAACUUGUUUUCAGAGGGCUGCUCCUGAACUCUCAAAGAGUUGGGUUGUACAGAGGACCCCUAUUGAGUUCUCAGGUGGAUAAAGUUCAAACCUGACUUCCAGCAGAUUCUUGAUGUUCAUGAAGAAUUCGUCCUAAAACUUCAUGAAUCUUCAAAUACACAUAUACCAGAAAACCGACAGAUGCUAGAACUUCAUCAUAGCUGCAAUGGGAGGGGCGGGAGGGGGACUCAAACCGGGUUAUUCACUGACUGUCUGCUGCACAGCUCACAGCUCGGCCGGUCUCGGUGAGUUUCUAAAUUACUUCAUACCACAGACCACCAUGGUCUCUUCGGAAUAGUUUAAACUACAAGUGACAAACGUACACAGCAAGGUCUGCUCUGCAUGCUGACAAAAUGCUCUGCAGUUUUCGUUUUAUUAGCCAAAUCAUUUGCUAAUUCCCAACCCCAACCUCCACUGUGGAAGGGAGAAGUCUCUCACCUGCCCUUACUCCCAGCUAGUGAUAG